GACAUUGCAGUAUAACGGACACACACGAGGUUUCUGAAUCGACGUGACCGGCGCGCGCCUCGUCGCGUCGCGUUUCGCGCUUCCGGGACGAUAGAAUCGCUAAGACAGAAUGAAGCUCGACCUCUUCGUCACGUGCGUCACGAUUCUGCCGGCAAUAUUGAUUACGUCGACGUGCGAGAUAAACGCUGUCCUGACAGAAGACGCGAAGGCAAUCGAGAAUGGGAAUGAUUAUGCCCAAGUCCUCGAGCUUUCAUUAUUGUUUUACGAAGCACAGCGUUCUGGUAAGCUGCCGAAGAACAACAGAAUCUCAUGGCGAGGCGAUUCCGCAUUGUACGAUCGCGGUUCGAAUGACGAGGAUUUAACCGGAGGAUACUACGAUGCUGGUGACUUCGUCAAAUUUGGCUUUACGAUGGCUUUCACAACGACACUUUUGGCUUGGGGAACGGUCAACUGGUCAGAGGCUUAUGACGCCGCCGAUCAACUGGACGAAAUUCGCAGAGCUAUCAAAUGGUCCACUGAUUAUUUUAUCAAGUGUCACGUAAGCGAAAACGUGUUGUACGGACAAGUGGGUGAUUUUCCCAUUGAUCAUAUGUUUUGGGGAAGACCCGAGGAACUGAAUACUACUAGACCAACCUACAAGAUUGAUGCAGAACAUCCUGGUUCUGAUCUCGCUGGCGAAACGGCCGCCGCUCUCGCAGCUUCGAGCAUUGUCUUCAGCAGCGUCGAUCCUGAGUAUAGUGCCAAGUGUCUCGAGCACGCAAAGGAUUUGUACAAAUUUGCUGACGUUUAUCGCGGUCUUUAUCACGAAGCGAUACGCGGUGCUGAACGUUAUUACGAAAGCACGGACUAUGGCGACGAACUAGCAUGGGCCGCAAUUUGGCUUUUCAAGGCGACCGGAGACACGAAGUAUUUCGACGACGCAAUACAUCAUUACCAGCACUUUCAUCUAAAAGAGCGGCCGAACGCAUUCUUCUACAAUAAGAAAGUCGCUGGUAUUCAGGUACUGCUAGCCGAAUUGACGGGACAGUCCGAGUACCAGAAUGCCACCCGCGCAUUCUGUGACUUCUCAGUACGACAGCAGAAACGUACACCGAAAGGCCUUUUGUUUAUCGAUAAGUCCGGUACUCUUUCUCAUGUUGCUAAUGUAGCCUUCGUCUGCCUCGUAGCGGCGGACUUCCUGGAAAUCGGCGAAUCACAGGAAUAUCGCCAAUUCGCCAAAGAACAAAUUGAUUACAUGCUGGGUGGAGCCGGAAGAAGUUACGUAGUCGGAUAUGGUAAAAAUUCACCGAAACAGCCGCACCAUGCUGCCUCUUCUUGCCCCAAUAGACCGACACCCUGCGGAUGGCAGGAAUUUAGCAAGAAUGCCCCAAAUCCACAAAUCCUUUAUGGUGCUCUAGUCUCCGGACCAGAUGAGGUGGAUUUGUUUAAAGAUUGUCGCGAGGAGUACGCUUAUACAGAAGUCACACUGGAUUACAACGCUGGUUUCACCAGCGCACUCGCUGGACUGUUGCAGCUACAAUUGAAAAGCGUGGACAGAAGAUCAUUAAAAGAAAAUUAA